AUGUCGGACGCUACUAACUUUGGAUGGGCCCUGCGCAAGAACGGCUCGUGCUUGGCCUCGGAGGUCGACUGCGGCGAGACCGUUGCGCCGUAUCGAGUCUGCUGUCCCCAAGGCUCCUUCUGCCCUCAUGCCGAGAAUGUCGCCUGUUGUCCGUCGAAGGAAUACUGUACCACUGCCCUCGAUGGCCAGCCCCAUUGCGCCAAUAGUACAUGGGAUCUGUAUAUUAACGGCGGCUACUUCUGCUGCGAGCAAGGCACCAUCGCCUAUGCUAAAGAUGGGGGAUCGAAUGGCUGUGGGAAUCCGGGUACAAGUUGCAGGCGGGAGAGACUAGUUUGA